AUGCUCAGGAAUCUGUUAAUAGCCCUUUCAAUCCUGCUGGUUACUGUCAGUGCGAGAUGUGUCGAAGGCUCUAAGACGUUGGUUUUGUAUGAUGAGAGGCUAACGACGAUCAAUGACUAUUCGAUCAUGUUUAACUCGAUGAAAGAAAGAAAGUAUAAACUAGAUUUCGUUUCUGUAGCGAACGAAACGGCAACUGUAAGUUUAUUUGAUGGCGAUCACAGGCUAUACGACAACGUCGUGGUUUUCCCUCUCAAGGGCAAGGGUCUGAACAAAUAUUUGGGAGUCAAGUCAUUGCUUAAAUUUUCAAAGAAUGGAGGUAGUAUGUUGACGAUCAGUUCUCCUGAUGGCUUAGCAGACUCGAUCAGAUUGUUUUUGAACCAAUUGGGUAUAUAUCCGAGCCCCAAGGAUUAUAAAUUAACGGAUAACUUCCAGGAGAAAUCUGACAGUUUUGAAGUUGCCUCAAGCAGAGUCAGGAACGAAUUCAUCUACAACUCCGAGGAAGAUACGUUUUUGUUUGCCAAUUCGUCUGUUGCAUUGCUUGAUAAUCGCGAACAGGUUCUUCCAGUGCUGCCAGCACCAAGAACAUCUUUAUGUUAUGGAAAAGCCGAUAAUAUAUGGGCAGCAGGGUCGCAAACAUAUAUGGUGGCCGCCUUCCAGGCCCUCAACAAUGGCCGUGUUACCUGGAUCGGUAGUACGGAACUUUUAAAAGAUUCAAACUCACAUGCCAACGGCCAUUUUGUGGAAGAACUAGUGAAAUGGACUUUCAAAGAGAAAGCGGUCAUCAAGAUUACAGGUCAUGGCCAUUCUCACAUUGAUGGUACAUCAUACGAACUAGCUCCAUAUAAGAUUAAGGACGUUAUUCAGUAUAAUAUUGGUUUGUCUCAAUGGAAUGGAGAGGAGUGGCAACCUUAUGAGGCAGAUGAUGUUCAGCUUGAACUCAAGAUGAUAGAUCCAUAUUACCGACUCAAUCUUGUGCGCGGUAAAAAGGAAAACAUUACUCGUUGGUACACAACUGGGGAUUUUAGAUUACCAGAUCAUCACGGUGUAUUUACUUUUCAAGUUGACUAUAAAAGGGCAGGUUUGACCUUCGUUUCUGUAUCUGAUGCAAAAGCCAUUCGUCAUCUCGCCCAUGAUGAGUAUCCAAGGAGCUGGGAGAUUACAAACGCGGGGGUUUACUUAUCAGGAAUUUUCGCUGUUAUUUUCGCCUGGAUUAUAUUUGUCAUAUUUUUCGUAUCAACUUCGAAAGUUAGCAAAAGUAUCAACGCUGAGAAGAAGAAUAACUGA